AUGAAUCCCGCAGAAGGGGCAGCGGAGGAAGGCGCUGUCCCCGAUUCCGAGGUGGAUGCUUUUUUCCGAACAGGGUCUUUUCGAAAUGAUGGAUUAAAAGCUGCUGAUGUCCUUCCAAUACUAAAGGAGAAAGUGGCCUUUGUGUCAGGUGGCCGUGAUAAACGAGGUGGUCCCAUCCUGACCUUUCCAGCACGCAGCAAUCACGAUAGAAUAAGGCAGGAAGACCUUCGGAAACUUGUGACUUAUUUGGCCAGUGUGCCAAGUGAAGAUGUCUGUAAACGAGGAUUCACUGUUAUUAUCGAUAUGCGGGGAUCGAAGUGGGACUUGAUAAAGCCUCUUCUGAAGACCCUUCAGGAAGCAUUCCCUGCUGAGAUCCACGUUGCCCUGAUUAUUAAACCUGACAACUUCUGGCAGAAGCAGAAAACUAAUUUUGGCAGUUCCAAAUUCAUCUUUGAGACAAGUAUGGUCUCUGUUGAAGGCCUAGCGAAACUUGUUGAUCCUUCCCAGCUGACUGAUGAAUUUGAAGGAUCCUUGGAUUACAACCACGAUGAAUGGAUAGAGCUGCGGGUCUCCUUGGAAGAGUUUUUCAACAGUGCCAUCCAUUUAUUAUCAAGGCUAGAGGAUCUCCAGGAAAUGUUGGCUAGGAAAGAAUUUCCGGUUGAUGUAGAAGGGUCAAGAAGGCUGAUUGAUGAGCACACACAGCUUAAAAAGAAAGUGAUCAAAGCUCCUGUGGAGGAACUGGACCGUGAGGGCCAAAGGUUAUUACAAUGCAUAAGAUGCAGCGAUGGUUUUUCUGGUAGGAACUGCAUUCCUGGGAGUGCAGACUUCCAAAGUCUUGUGCCAAAGAUCACCAGUCUGUUGGACAAGCUGCAUUCAACCCGGCAACACUUGCAUCAGAUGUGGCAUGUUCGCAAACUGAAACUAGACCAGUGCUUUCAACUCCGACUCUUUGAGCAAGAUGCUGAGAAGAUGUUUGACUGGAUCAGCCACAACAAAGAAUUGUUCCUGCAGAGUCAUACAGAGAUUGGAGUGAGCUACCAACAUGCCCUUGACUUGCAGACACAGCAUAAUCACUUUGCAAUGAAUUCCAUGAAUGCCUACGUCAACAUCAAUCGGAUCAUGUCGGUUGCAUCCAGGCUUUCAGAGGCAGGCCAUUACGCUUCCCAGCAAAUUAAACAAAUCUCUACCCAGCUGGAUCAAGAAUGGAAGAGCUUUGCUGCAGCUCUGGAUGAGCGCAGUACCAUCCUAGCCAUGUCUGCUGUAUUUCAUCAGAAGGCUGAGCAGUUCCUUUCAGGUGUGGAUGCCUGGUGUAAAAUGUGUAGUGAAGGAGGCCUCCCAUCGGAAAUGCAAGACCUGGAGCUGGCCAUCCAUCAUCAUCAGUCUCUGUAUGAACAGGUGACCCAGGCCUACACAGAGGUAAGCCAGGAUGGGAAGGCUUUGCUGGAUGUCCUGCAGCGUCCCUUGAGCCCUGGAAACUCUGAAUCCCUUACUGCUACUGCUAAUUAUUCCAAGGCUGUCCACCAGGUCUUGGAUGUGGUACAUGAAGUCUUGCAUCACCAGCGGCGCCUAGAGAGCAUCUGGCAGCACAGAAAAGUCCGAUUACAUCAAAGGCUGCAGCUCUGUGUUUUCCAGCAGGAUGUUCAGCAGGUAUUGGACUGGAUCGAAAACCAUGGGGAAGCCUUUCUUAGUAAACACACUGGAGUGGGAAAAUCUCUGCACAGGGCACGAGCCCUUCAGAAAAGACAUGAUGAUUUUGAAGAAGUAGCACAGAAUACAUACACGAAUGCAGACAAGCUUUUAGAGGCUGCAGAGCAGUUGGCUCAGACUGGGGAAUGUGACCCUGAAGAGAUCUACAAAGCAGCCCGGCAUCUGGAAGUGCGGAUUCAGGACUUUGUCCGGAGAGUGGAACAGAGGAAACUUCUCUUGGACAUGUCUGUCUCCUUCCACACUCACACCAAAGAGCUGUGGACAUGGAUGGAAGAUCUGCAGAAGGAGCUCUUAGAGGAUGUCUGUGCUGACUCGGUGGAUGCGGUUCAGGAGCUUAUCAAGCAGUUCCAGCAGCAGCAAACAGCUACCCUGGAUGCUACCCUCAAUGUCAUUAAAGAAGGCGAAGAUCUAAUCCAACAGCUCAGGGACUCAGCGGUGUCCAACAAUAAGACUCCACACAAUAGCUCCAUCAGCCACAUUGAAUCUGUCCUUCAGCAGCUUGACGAGGCCCAGGUACAGAUGGAAGAGCUCUUCCAUGAGCGGAAAAUUAAGCUAGACAUUUUCCUUCAGCUCCGGAUUUUUGAACAGUACACCAUUGAGGUAACAGCAGAGUUAGAUGCCUGGAAUGAAGAUUUGCUGAGACAAAUGAAUGAUUUCAAUACUGAGGACCUCACUCUGGCUGAGCAGCGCUUGCAGCGCCACACCGAACGGAAACUGGCCAUGAACAACAUGACCUUUGAGGUUAUCCAGCAAGGGCAAGAUUUACACCAGUACAUCAUGGAAGUCCAGGCUUCAGGCAUUGAACUAAUCUGCGAAAAGGACAUUGAUCUUGCGACACAAGUGCAAGAGCUGCUGGAGUUCCUUCAUGAGAAACAGCAUGAGCUAGAGCUUAACGCGGAUCAGACUCACAAACGGCUAGAGCAGUGCCUACAGCUCCGGCACCUACAGGCUGAGGUCAAGCAGGUGCUCGGCUGGAUUCGGAAUGGGGAAUCAAUGCUCAAUGCCAGCCUAGUCAACGCAAGCUCCCUUUCAGAAGCUGAGCAGCUCCAGCGAGAACAUGAGCAAUUCCAACUGGCCAUCGAGAAGACACACCAGAGCGCUCUGCAGGUACAGCAGAAGGCUGAAGUAUUGCUACAGGCUGGGCACUACGAUGCUGAUGCCAUCCGUGAGUGUGCUGAAAAGGUGGCAUUACAUUGGCAACAGCUGAUGUUGAAGAUGGAGGACAGGCUCAAGCUGGUCAAUGCGUCAGUUGCUUUCUAUAAAACCUCUGAGCAGGUGUGCAGUGUGCUGGAGAGUCUGGAACAGGAGUACAGAAGGGAUGAAGAUUGGUGCGGAGGUCGGGAUAAGCUUGGACCAGCAGCUGAGAUAGACCAUGUCAUCCCCCUUAUCAGCAAGCAUCUGGAACAGAAGGAGGCUUUUCUCAAGGCUUGCACAUUAGCACGAAGGAACGCUGAAGUAUUCCUCAAGUACAUUCACAGGAACAAUGUCAGCAUGCCUGGAGUAGCAAGCCAUACCAGGGGGCCUGAGCAGCAAGUGAAAGCCAUUCUGAGCGAGCUGCUGCAGAGAGAGAACCGGGUUCUUCACUUCUGGACUUUGAAGAAACGGAGAUUAGAUCAGUGCCAACAGUACGUGGUCUUUGAGCGCAGUGCCAAACAGGCCUUAGACUGGAUCCAAGAAACAGGCGAAUAUUACCUCUCUACUCACAAUUCCACAGGGGAAUCUGCAGAAGAAACUCAGGAACUCCUGAAAGAAUAUGGGGAAUUCAGAGUACCCGCCAAGCAAACCAAGGAGAAAGUGAAGCUUCUCAUACAGCUGGCUGACAGCUUUAUAGAAAAAGGACAUAUACAUGCUGCUGAAAUUAGGAAAUGGGUCACCACUGUUGACAAACGCUAUCGGGACUUCUCUCUGAGGAUGGGGAAAUACCGCUACUCACUGGAAAAAGCCCUUGGAAUCAAUACAGAGGCUAACAGAGAUAACAAGGACCUGGAACUGGACAUCAUUCCAGCGAGUCUUUCAGACCGGGAGGUGAAGCUGCGAGAUGCAAAUCACGAGGUUAAUGAAGAAAAAAGGAAAUCAGCCAGAAAGAAAGAAUUCAUUAUGGCUGAACUGCUUCAGACUGAAAAAGCUUAUGUCAGAGACUUACAUGAAUGCUUAGAGACCUACCUUUGGGAAAUGACAAGUGGAGUGGAGGAGAUACCACCUGGGAUUCUUAAUAAAGAACAUAUCAUCUUUGGCAACAUUCAGGAGAUUUAUGACUUCCAUAACAACAUUUUCCUGAAAGAACUAGAGAAAUAUGAACAACUGCCUGAAGACGUGGGUCACUGCUUUGUCACCUGGGCAGAUAAAUUUCAGAUCUAUGUCACCUACUGCAAAAACAAGCCUGAUUCCAGCCAGCUCAUCCUGGAACAUGCAGGGACUUUCUUUGAUGAAAUUCAACAAAGGCACGGCCUGGCCAACUCUAUCUCCUCCUAUUUAAUCAAGCCUGUCCAGAGGAUCACCAAAUACCAGCUUUUACUGAAGGAACUCUUAACCUGUUGUGAAGAAGGCAAAGGAGAACUCAAAGAUGGCCUGGAAGUGAUGCUCAGUGUCCCCAAGAAAGCCAACGACGCCAUGCACGUCAGCAUGCUGGAAGGCUUUGAUGAAAACCUGGAUGUUCAGGGAGAGCUCAUCCUUCAGGAUUCCUUUCAAGUGUGGGAUCCCAAGUCUCUCAUUCGGAAAGGCCGCGAGAGACACUUGUUUCUCUUUGAAAUCUCUUUGGUUUUUAGCAAAGAGAUCAAAGAUUCUUCAGGACACACUAAAUAUGUUUACAAGAACAAACUACUGACCUCAGAACUGGGAGUGACAGAGCACGUCGAAGGAGAUCCCUGUAAGUUUGCCUUGUGGUCCGGACGGACACCAUCCUCAGACAACAAAACAGUGCUGAAAGCAUCCAGUAUUGAAACAAAACAGGAAUGGAUCAAAAAUAUCCGGGAAGUCAUUCAGGAGAGGAUUAUCCAUUUGAAAGGCGCUUUGAAGGAGCCAAUCCAGCUCCCCAAGACACCAGCAAAGCAGAGAAAUAACAGUAAAAGAGAUGGAGUAGAUGAUGCAGACAGCCAAGGAGAUGGGAGCAGUCAGCCGGAUACCAUUUCCAUUGCAUCCAGGACCUCACAGAACACAGUGGACAGUGACAAGUUGUCUGGAGGGUGUGAACUAACCGUGGUGCUACAAGACUUCACAGCCGGCCACAGCAGCGAGCUGAGCAUCCAGGUGGGACAGACAGUGGAGUUACUGGAGAGGCCCAGCGAAAGGCCUGGCUGGUGUUUGGUACGGACAACUGAGCGGAGCCCCCCUCAGGAAGGCCUAGUCCCCAGCAGCACUCUCUGCAUCUCUCAUUCCCGGAGUAGUGUGGAGAUGGAUUGCUUCUUCCCUUCAGGAAAAGAUGCAUAUUCAGUCUCAUCCAAUGAAAAUGGUGGCAAGUCAGAAUCAGUGGCCAACUUGCAGCCUCAGUCAUCCCUUAACUCAAUCCAGAGCUCUCCUGGCCCAAAGCGUUCAACCAACACACUGAAAAAAUGGCUGACAAGUCCUGUGCGUCGGCUGAACAGUGGGAAGACUGAGAGUAACAUCAAAAAACAGAAGAAAGUGCGAGAUGGCAGGAAGAGCUUUGACCUUGGUUCACCGAAGCCUGGAGAUGAGACCACUCCUCAAGGGGACAGUGCAGAUGAGAAGAGUAAGAAGGGUUGGGGAGAAGAUGAGCCAGAUGAAGAAUCCCACACACCACUUCCUCCUCCUAUGAAGAUUUUUGACAAUGACCCUACGCAGGAUGAGAUGACCCUAGAAGGAGGAACUUAUCGAGGAAGCUUAAAAGAUGGCACUGGGUGUUUAAAUGAAGGGAUGACGCCUUCAACUCCCCCAAGAAACCUUGAAGAGGAACAAAAAGCCAAAGCAAUGAGAGGCAGGAUGUUUGUCUUAAAUGAGCUGGUGCAGACUGAGAAGGACUACGUCAAAGACUUGGGAAUCGUGGUAGAGGGCUUCAUGAAGAGAAUAGAAGAAAAAGGGGUUACUGAAGAUAUGAAAGGGAAAGACAAGAUUGUAUUUGGCAAUAUCCACCAGAUUUAUGACUGGCACAAGGAUUUUUUCCUGGCUGAACUGGAAAAAUGUCUCCAGGAACAUGACCGUUUAGCACAGCUUUUUAUCAAACAUGAGAGGAGAUUGCACAUGUAUGUGGUGUACUGUCAAAAUAAACCACGAUCAGAAUACGUAGUAGCUGAAUAUGAUGCAUACUUUGAGGAGGUACAACAAGAAAUAAACCAACGGUUAACCCUCAGUGACUUUUUAAUCAAACCUAUUCAAAGAAUAACCAAGUACCAGCUUCUACUCAAGGACUUCCUGAGAUACAGUGAGAAAGCUGGGCUGGAAUGCUGUGAUAUAGAGAAAGCAGUUGAAUUAAUGUGCCUUGUACCAAAACGUUGCAAUGAUAUGAUGAAUCUGGGCCGUCUUCAGGGCUUUGAGGGCAAGCUGACUGCUCAAGGAAAGCUGCUGCAGCAGGAUACGUUCUAUGUAACUGAGCAGGAUUCUGGAGGGCUGUCUCGGCCAAAGGAGCGCAGGGUCUUCCUCUUUGAGCAAAUAGUCAUCUUUAGUGAACUUCUUAGGAAAGGCUCUUUAACACCAGGCUACAUGUUUAAGAAAAGUAUAAAGAUGAACUAUCUAAUCAUUGAAGAAAUAGUGGAUGAUGAUCCCUGUAAAUUUGCUCUUAUGAGCCGGGAAACUUCAGAACGAGUCAUUUUACAGGCUGCCAAUCCUGAAAUUCAGCAAGCUUGGAUACAGGACAUCAAUCAGGUUCUGGACACACAGAGAGACUUCCUAAAUGCACUACAGUCGCCCAUAGAGUAUCAACGCAAAGAGAGUACCUCUGCAGUAAUGAGGCCACAAGCUAGUAGGGUGUCUCAGCCCAACAGCAGACCUUAUUCUUCUGUUCCAGUAGGGUCUGAGAAGCCUUCAAAGGCUACAAGCCGUAACCCAUCUCUGCCACCCCUGAAGAUAUCUACCUCCAAUGGCAGUGCAGGGUAUGAACACCACCAGCCUGGGGACAAAUACGAACAAAGCAAGAGUGACUUGGGAGGGUGUAAUGGGACCUCUUCCAUGGUGGUAAUCAAAGAUUACUAUGCACUGAAGGAGAAUGAGAUCUGCGUGAAUCAGGGCGAGGUGGUUCAGAUCCUUGCCAUCAACCAGCAAAAUAUGUUCCUGGUGUACCAGCCUGCGAACGACCACUCCCCGGCUGCUGAAGGAUGGAUUCCAGGCAAUAUCUUGGCUCCCCUCACUAAAUCCACUACAGAUAAUAGCGACGGAAGCAUCAAGUAAGUGCCAUGUUGGCUUCCCUGGGAGCAGUGUGUGGAUUUUUGAGGAAAAAACAAAAAAAAAAAAUGGUAGGGAAUUCCUGCUGAUUUUUUUUAUCUACAGUGCCAUUGGAACAAACUUUGAAUGCUCAAUCCACAGCAUGGGGCAUCCAUGUUGGAUAGUUCGGGUUUUGGUUAUUUUUGUUUGUGGUUUUUUGUUUAUACUUUGUAAAGAAUUUAAAACCAUAGACAGUUUAAAGGCAUGUUUUACGUUGAUCCAUUUUACACCUACAUGGACCUGAUUGGACUGGACUUAUAUUUAUGUUGUAUUAAGUUACUAAUAUAUAUAUUGGUUAUAACAGCUUCUAGCAAAAAAUCAGGCCUUGUGUUGGACUGAGGCCUGCUUCUCAAGGAGGAGAGAUUUUGUUGUCUAUGGCAAUUUCUUUGUACAGCUUGUAUCUUUUAUUUUGACAUUUUUCUGUUCACGGUAACUUUUGUAAAAUAUUUUUUGUUGGCAAGACCCCUUCUAAGUACAUUCCUGUAUAAAGUAUUUUGCACUAUUUAAAGAAACCCAUAUUGAUGAAGUCAGGUUGUGCAAUAUAAUGAAUAGUCGCAAUGUUCAUCGUACCUGUAAUGUAACUAAUAAUUUUAAAUGUACUAUUUUAAAUAUGUAAAAUAAAUUUUCACCAUGAGCAUGUUUUAAUGAGGUUAAAAAGGACUAGUUUGACCCUUUUGUUUUUUUUGUUAUAAUGUUUUGUUGCUUAUUUAACAAAUGUGUGAAUAUUUUUUUUUUUUUAG